UUUCACCCUACAGAAGGAAUGUUGGCAAAGAUCUCUACCACAUGGAAACUGCUCUUAAAACUGUUGGGCCUUGAAAUUUUAUUCAGCAGUCUGAAAUCAACUCACAGCUUUUCUCAUUCACACUCCCACUUGGGACUAGUGCACAGACAUGAACACCUAUUGAGGAAAAAAAAAACCUUCAAAACAGCUGCAACGACUAUGCGGUCCACCCUUCUACUAUUACUGUUCGUGCCUCUGACACAGCCAGCACCAUCAGUUCAACAGGACUCACACGAUAUCUAUGAGUAUGGACCAGAUAAUUCUGAAGAAACCAUGUUUAGCCAAGACUAUGAGGAUAAAUACCAAGAUGGAAAAAAUAUUAAGGAAAAAGUACCUAUGUAUGAUAACAGUUUUCAGUUACAAAGAGAUGAGACUGUGACAUCAUUACCCACCAAGAUAGAAAAUGAUGAAAUGCCCACGUGCCUACUGUGUGUGUGUUUAAGUGGCUCUGUAUACUGUGAAGAAGUUGAUAUUGACGCCGUACCACCCUUGCCAAAGGAAUCGGCAUAUCUUUAUGCACGAUUCAACAGAAUUAAAAAGCUGACUGCCAAGGACUUUGCAGACAUACCUAACUUAAGAAGACUUGAUUUUACUGGAAAUUUGAUAGAAGAUAUAGAAGAUGGUACUUUUUCAAAACUUUCUCUAUUAGAAGAACUUUCACUUGCUGAAAAUCAACUACUGAGACUUCCAGUUCUUCCUCCAAACCUCAUUCUACUUAAUGCAAAACACAACAAAAUCAAGAGUAGAGGAAUCAAAGCUAAUACAUUCAAAAAAUUGAAUAAGCUCUCCUUCCUUUACUUGGAUCACAAUGCCCUGGAAUCUGUGCCUCCUAAUUUACCAGAAAGUCUGCGUAUAAUUCAUCUUCAGUUUAAUAACAUAACUUCAGUUACAGAUGAUACAUUCUGCAAAGCUAAUGACACCCGCUAUAUUCGGGACCGUAUUGAAGAGAUUCGUCUGGAGGGCAAUCCAAUUAUCCUGGGAAAGCAUCCAAACAGUUUCAUUUGCUUAAAAAGAUUACCGAUAGGGUCAUACUUUUAACCACUG